UGUUCCCUUUAACUGCCCCUCUUUCUCUCAUGGUUUAUGAAAAGCAUCGGUCUCACAACCAGUUGUUAAUUCUGAGGCUCAUCUUGUGAUUCCACCCUGCCCUCCCACAAUCCUAUAACCAUGAAAAUCCUCCAGAAACCUCCGCGAUAUGUCACUGCUAGUAUAUUGUGCUCCUGCGGAGGACUCCUCUUUGGAAUGGAUACAGGGAUCAUUGGCCCCGUGACCGUCAUGGAAAGUUUCACCUCACGGUUCGGAAGCCAGGCUGCAGUGAUUCACGGGCUGAUCGUGUCGUCCAUCCUUAUUCCUGCCGCAAUAUCUUCAUUCUUUGCAGGUUACUUGGCAGACAAACUGGGUAGGCCAAAAGGCAUCAGUAUUGGUGCCUUGAUAUUUGGAAUUGGAGCAGGCCUCGAGGCAGCAGCUGUUCACAUUGGCAUGUUCGUAACAGGGCGAUGCAUCGAGGGCAUAGGGGAGGGCUUGUACCUUGGAACUUUGGUAGUUUAUAUUUGCGAGAUUUCGCCGCCCGACGUCAGAGGUGCUUUAACCACCGGCCCUCAGUUGCUCAUCACACUGGGUUUGGUAGUGGGUUUCUUCACAUGUUAUGGAACGGCUCGCCUGGAAUCUUCAUUCUCGUGGCGUACUCCCUUCCUGAUUCUUGCUUGUUUGGCAGUGGCUUUCUCGGUUGCUUCUUGGCUCUGGCUGGUCCCGUCGCCCCGAUGGUUGACCAUUCACGGUCGCCGAACCGAGGCUACUGCGGCUUGGGACUACCUGGGGGUAAGCCAGGCGGAACGCGAGAAGGCUGAAAUUGAGCAGGACAGAGUUCUUGUCGCUGAAGUUGUAAGCACCUCCAGCAGAGAACGUGCUUCAUCAGUUCCUCAGGCCCAAGCAAAGUCAGCCAAGGACAAGAUUUUCGAUCUCUUCUCUAAAGACGUUCGGACUCGCACCAUUCUAGCUGUCUUCCUCAUGGGAAUGCAACAGCUCAGUGGGAUUGACGGUGUUCUUUAUUAUGCUCCUCUUCUAUUCGAGCAAGCAGGACUUGCAUCCUCGUCAGCAAGCUUCUUCGCUUCCGGCGUCUCUGCAAUUGUUAUUUUCGCUGUCACUAUCCCUGCACUCAUAUGGGCCGACAAAUGGGGUCGUCGACACAGUACCAUUUAUGGUGGCAUCGGCCUCAGCAUCACGAUGCUUCUGAUAGGAGCUCUAUAUGCAAGCAGGGCAGUUCACAGCUCAAGUGGAGCGGGGCGAUGGGUAGUCAUAGUCAGCAUCUACAUAUUUGCCGUGAUAUACUCUUUGAGCUGGGCUGUCGGCAUUAAGAUCUAUGCAGCAGAGAUACAGCCACAAAGGACUCGUGCCUCAGCAACUAGCUUAGCUCACGGGAGCAACUGGGCGGCUAACUUCCUAGUAGCACUUGCUACACCAAUUCUACUUUCGAGAAGCAGCUUUGGUGCAUAUUUCCUAUUCGCGGGAUGCACACUUGCCGCUGCCUCUUCCAGGCCAGGAACCACCGAUGCUUCCAAACGCAGACGCGCCUCUCAGUCCAAACCUGCUCCGCCCCCAGAAGAGCCAACUCCCGUCGUCGAGGAACAGCCGCAAGCUUCCGAUGAGGAGCAUUCUCACACUUCGUACCGCCACCGAGAUCCCUUCGAUGCUCUUCUCGAGCCGUUCUACUACAACAAGGGCCUAACGGAUCCGAUCAACACCGCCAAGGAUAAAUGGAACCUGCUGCCGGCAUUCCUCAAGGUCAAAGGUCUGGUGAAGCAGCACAUUGACUCAUACAACUACCUGGUCGAGGUCCAAUUGAAGAAGAUCGUCGAAUCCAGCUCCACAAUCCGCAGCGAUGUCGACCACAACUUCUACAUAAAGUUCACCAACAUCUACCUGGGAUUCCCUCGACGUGCAGACGAGCCGCAAGAUGUCCGGGCCGAUUUCUCAGAGUCCACUGUGGCCCCGCACGAAUGUCGCCUUCGUGACACAACCUACGCGGCGCCCAUUCAAGUCGACUUUGAGUAUGUUCGUGGACGCCAAAGGGUUAUGAGGAAAGGUGUGGCCAUUGGAAGAAUGCCGGUCAUGCUUCGGAGUUCGAAGUGCGCGUUGGCGAACAAGACUCCAGCGGAGAUGUCCGUCUUGAAUGAGUGCCCUCUUGACCCUGGUGGUUAUUUUAUCGUCAACGGUACAGAGAAGGUCAUCCUCGUCCAGGAGCAGUUGAGCAAGAACAGAAUCAUCGUCGAGACGGAUCCCAAGAAAGAGAUUGUCCAGGCCUCGGUCACUAGUUCUUCCAACGAACGUAAAUCCAAAAGUUAUAUCGUGUUGAAGAAAGACAAGCUCUACGUGAAACACAACGUUCUCAGCGAGGACAUCCCCAUUGUGAUCCUGCUCAAGGCCAUGGGUAUCCACACCGACAAAGAGAUGCUCUUGCUCGUCGCCGGUGUCGAUAAGGUCUACCAGGAAGAUUUUGCGAUCAAUUUCGAAGAGGCGAUCAAGCUUGGUAUCUAUACCCAGCAACAGGCACUCGACUGGAUUGGCGCACGGAUUAAAAUCAACCGCAAGCAAUCCACAUAUCGCCGAACUCAUGUGCAAGAGGCUGUGGAAGCCAUCGCUUCCGUUAUCAUCUCUCACAUCGAAGUCAAGAACAUGGAUUUCCGACCUAAGGCUAUCUAUGUCGCCCACAUGGCUCGUCGUGUUCUCAUGGCUAAGAAUGAUGCUACUCUGGUAGACGAUCGCGACUAUCUCGGAAACAAGCGGUUGGAACUGGCUGGCCAGCUGUUGGCUCUGCUUUUCGAGGACUUGUUCAAGAAGUUCUGCUUCGAUAUCAAAAUGAACAUCGACAAAGUGCUGAACAAGCGGAAUCGUGCCGAGGCCUUUGAUGCAUAUAGCGUGAUUACGAUGCACAGCAACCACAUUACUCAAGGAAUGAACCGCGCUAUUUCCACCGGAAACUGGAGUUUGAAACGUUUCCGCAUGGAGCGUGCAGGUGUGACACACGUGCUAAGUCGGUUGAGUUACCUUGCCGCUCUGGGUAUGAUGACGCGUAUCAGCAGUCAGUUCGAAAAGACCAGAAAGGUCAGUGGUCCCAGAGCACUGCAACCAUCCAACUUCGGUAUGCUCUGUCCGGCCGAUACUCCGGAAGGUGAAGCUUGCGGUCUCGUGAAGAACUUGGCACUCAUGACCCACAUCACAACGAAUGACGAGGAGGGCCCUAUCCGGAACUUGAUCUUUAUGCUCGGUGCUGAAGACAUUUCCACAGUCGGUGGAAAGGAACUUUAUGGCCCGGGCUGCUACACUAUCUCGAUCAAUGGUACUCCUAUGGCGCUCACUCGACGACCGAAAUUUUUCCUCAAUGCUUUCCGAAGACUCCGUCGGAUGGGUCGAAUCUCCGAGUUCGUCAGCAUUUACAUCAACCACCACCAGCGGGCUGUUCACGUAGCCACCGAUGACGGAAGAAUCUGCAGACCGCUUGUCAUUGUUGAUAACGGCAAAUCUCGCGUGAAGGCCCAUCAUCUUGAGAAGCUGCGGGAUGGUACCAUGGCUUUCGACGACUUCCUUGCUCAGGGAUUGGUGGAAUAUCUUGAUGUGAACGAGGAGAACGAUUCAUUAAUUGCUAUCUACGAGAAAGAUAUUACUGAAACAACGACUCACCUGGAGAUUGAGCCGUUUACUGUUCUUGGAGCUGUCGCCGGUCUGAUCCCGUAUCCCCACCACAACCAGUCGCCCCGUAACACUUAUCAAUGUGCUAUGGGUAAACAAGCAAUCGGUGCGAUUGCUUCGAAUCAAUUCUUGCGGAUUGAUUCUAUCUUAUAUCUCAUGGUCUACCCGCAGAAGCCGAUGGUCAAGUCCCGCACGAUCGAGCUGGUCAAGUACGACCAACUACCCGCUGGACAAAAUGCAACUGUUGCGGUUAUGAGUUACUCAGGAUACGAUAUUGAGGAUGCCCUCGUGUUGAACAAGGGAUCUGUGGAUCGUGGAUUCGGAAGAUGUCAGGUGUUCAAAAAAUACGUCACCAACUUGAAGAGUUACUCGAACGGCACCAAGGACCGCUUGAGUGGACCGCAGUACGAGAACGAUGCUCCGAUCAGGAAACAUGCCCUGCUCGAGAGCGAUGGUCUGGCUGCUGUGGGUGAGCAGGUCAACGCCGGUGAAGUCUACAUCAACAAGUCCACGCCCGACCAGUCGAUGUCCUCUGGGUUCGCCAGCUCUGACCCUGGCCGGCCCGUUUCUUAUAUGCCAACUCCCAUGACCUACAAGCUUCCCGAUCCUGCUUACAUUGACAAGGUCAUGAUUUCUGUGACCGAAAACGAGAACCAGCUGGUCAAGGUCUUAACUCGACAAACACGUCGUCCCGAAGUCGGUGACAAGUUCUCCUCCCGUCACGGACAGAAGGGUGUCGUGGGUAUUAUCGCCGACCAAGCCGACAUGCCCUUUACCGACCAAGGAAUCAACCCGGACAUCAUCAUGAACCCUCACGGUUUCCCCUCUCGCAUGACAGUCGGAAAGAUGUUGGAGCUUGUUGCAGGCAAAGCCGGUGUCUUGGCCGGCCACCAUGGCUACGGCACUUGCUUCGGCGGCACUCCGGUUCAAGAGGCGUCUCAGAUCCUGAUCGACCACGGCUUCAGCUAUGGUGGUAAAGACUAUCUUACCUCCGGUAUCACGGGCGAGGCUCUGCCAUUCUAUGUCUUCACCGGUCCCAUCUACUACCAGAAACUCAAGCACAUGGUGCAGGACAAGAUGCACUCGCGUGCUCGCGGACCGCGCGCCAUUCUCACCCGCCAGCCCACGGAGGGUCGUUCCCGUGACGGUGGUCUCCGUCUCGGUGAGAUGGAGCGUGAUUGUCUGAUUGCGUACGGUACCAGUCAGCUGCUGCUGGAGCGACUGAUGAUCUCGUCUGAUCGACACGAGAUCGAUGUGUGCGAGCAGUGUGGUUUCAUGGGCUAUCUGAACUGGUGUCAACGGUGCAAGUCCUCUCGGAGUGUGGUGAAGAUGGCAAUUCCGUACGCCGCCAAGCUUCUCAUCCAGGAGCUGAUGAGUAUGAAUGUCACUGCGCGAUUGAAGUUGGAAGAUGAGUUUCCCGAGAUGAAGGGUCGGUAGACGAAGACGGUUCAAAACAUCAACAACAAAAGCACUUCUGUCAGUCUUCCAUUUUUGGCGAGAUAUAUAAAGUAAACCAAACGGAAGGGAAAAAGUUCAGGUCAUUUGAGAGACAAAAAAGGAGGCGUUUAGAGCAUCAUUGGGAGGCUCCCGCUUGGGAAAGGGGGUUUUCGCUUGUACAUAACGUUUGCAUGCAUAGCGCUCGGCGAUGCGGUCGAAUUUGAAUAGAAC